AUGGCCGGAGGCCAACCAACCUUUGCUGAUUCUGAUCCUGGCGAUGAAUUUUCCAACAAUCUCUUUUCAGAUCUCGCCCCAAUACUUGCUCUGUUCGGAGAGCAAGUAGCCAUGCAGUUCAUGUCUGAGUCUAUGGGCUGGUCAGACAGCAUCAUCUUUUCAAUGGCACCCAUCGGUGUCCUUACGGCAGUCGUCGGAGCAAUAAGAGUAGGAGGAGCGAGGUGGUUAAGAGCUCUCAUAGGGAGGGCAAAGGAGAACAUUGCCGUCGCCGAGUCAGAGCUGAUGUCGUCUACCUCUGAUGAGGUGUGUGAAGUUUUCAAUGGCAGGCAUGUCGUGAGGUUGAUUGGGAAACCAUCAAUCAAGGAGCUUAUUUUUAUGAAAUGCAGUGAAGAGGCCGCGGAAGGGAAGGAGAUUGCUCAAGUUGAUAGAUUCGUGACGCUGUCAGAGGCUCUGAACAAAAAGUUUCUAACAAGAAAAAAUUUCCCAGGAUAUCCUACCUUACAACGGGUGAAGGAAAAGCUGAUCAAAUCGGAACGAGGUGCAAGUCUUUUGAGAAAAAUCUUACCGCGCUAUGAAAAUCAAGGGCCUGAUCCUAAAGAUCUGGAGAGUGGAGGUCAAGCUUCAUCGCGCGGGGCGAUGUUUGAAAAGUUUCUCAACCUGCUACUGGACGGAUAUGGUACAGCGUGCAAUGCGAUCGAGGCAUCCUCCGCGACUUUAUGGCCUGAGGAUACGAAAAUAAAAAGGAAAGAGAUGGAAGCUAAGCGAUUAGAAGCGAUAAGCGAUUAG